AUCAAGUUGUACUCAUAAAACUAUCGAUUAUUCUAAUAAAACGAUGGUUUAUACACAUAAAAAUAAUAAGUUUUGGGCCCAUUGCAUAACUAUAUUAUUUUUUACUUCUAAUAUUAUCAGUGUUUAUUCCAACGCUAUACAUCAAUCUCCAGAGAAGUUAAAGAGACACAUCCGUGAAGCAAUUUCUUCUGAAAUAGAAAUUAAAUUUAAAGACGAAGAUAAAGUGAUUUCCACAAUUUUACAUUCUAAAAGAACAGUCGAAAAUAAUAAUUUACAAAUAUGGACUGCAAGUAAAAACCCCAAAAAUGCAUCUCAAGUUCUCUACAAUAAACAACAAAAUGAAAUGAAUGAACUUAAGAGCUUCACAUUAUACCAAAAUCUAACAAAACUUUCCGCAGUUACAUAUUUUCAUAAUACUGGAUUAUUGCAUGGCAUUAUUGGAGUUGAAUAUAUAAUUUCUGGCUUACCAAUAAAGUCAUUAAAUGAAAUUCAUCUCGUAAAUGGAACUUUUGUAACCAAGCGUAAGAAAUCAAGUAGUUACACAAUUUCCAAUGAAACAACAAAAAUCACUCCCAGUCUCCACAAAGAUUCAGAAUCAUACGACAUACCGUUAUUACACUCUAAUAACAGCACCGAUAGAACUUUGUAUCCCGAGUUAUUUAUUAUUGUUUCUUAUGAUCUUAGUGCUAAAUUACGUCGGUUUCGGCUGCAUAAUCCUUCCGAAUCUAUGGCAGCUGCUUCGUAUGUAUUAAGUCAUAUAAAUUCUGUAGAAAUGAUGUUUUAUGAAAGUCGACAUCCAGCAUUCAUAUUUAGUCCAGUUGGAAUAAUAUUGGAAAUUGAAGAGAAUACAUUACCAUUUAUACAAUUGGAUAACGCGAAGUCUAAGAUACAUCCACUUGAGACUCUAAACAAUAUGUCAGAUUAUUUUAGUUUUGAAGAUACUAAAUUUAUGCAUAACUCCUAUGAUUAUUUAAUUCUUUUAACAAAUCAUAAAUUCGCAACUGGACAAAAUAACUCUGAUACCAAAUGUGCAUCAAUUUAUCCUAAAGAAGGUAUCUAUAAUGCAAAACUCAAUAAUUGCAGUUGUAAGCAUCCAAUAACCAUCAUUUUUGAUGAUGGUCAUUAUAAAUCAUUUCCUAGUACUGCAAGAGCUGUAAAUAAUCUCAUGGUUAGCCAAGGAUAUGAAGAAAAAUCAACAUCUAAAAGUUUUUCUAAAGAAUGUGGUCAUCGUAUUGUUGAAAAUUUGAUAACACUUAGACGUCGUUAUUUUGAUUGGUCACGAGAUAGCUGUUUUUUAAUUAACAAGGACCGAUCAAUUCAUUUCUCAAAUGGGACUCUACAAUCAAUGAAUGAUGAUCAAUGCUAUUGUCAUGAUGUUAAAUCGACUGAUCAACGAGAAAAUAACAAACGUCACGAAACUAUUGCAUGUGAGUAUUCCUACAAUAAUAGUUUCCAAUCUAUAAAAGACAAUCUGACUAUUCUGAGAUAUCAAGAUUAUGAACAACAGUUUAAAAUCACACCUAAUAAAGGUUCUCAGCGAGAGGGUUCUGAAGCAUCAACAACCACCGAGAAUAUACCUCCGUCACGAAAUGGUACGCAAGAGGGUUCUGAAGCAUCAACAACCACCGAAAAUAUACCUCCGUCACGAAAUGGUACGCAAGAGGGUUCUGAAGCAUCAUCAACCACCGAGAAUAUACCUCCGUCACGAAAUGGUACGCAAGAGGGUUCUGAAGCAUCAUCAACCACCGAGAAUAUACCUCCGUCACGAAAUGGUAUGCAAGAGGGUUCUGAAGCAUCAUCAACCACCGAGAAUAUACCUCCGUCACAAAAUGGUACGCAAGAGGGUUCUGAAGCAUCAACAACCACCGAGAAUAUACCUCCGUCACAAAAUGGUACGCAAGAGGGUUCUGAAGCAUCAACAACCACCGAAAAUAUACCUCCGUCACGAAAUGGUAUGCAAGAGGGUUCUGAAGCAUCAUCAACCACCGAGAAUAUACCUCCGUCACAAAAUGGUACGCAAGAGGGUUCUGAAGCAUCAACAACCACCGAGAAUAUACCUCCGUCACAAAAUGGUACGCAAGAGGGUUCUGAAGCAUCAACAACCACCGAAAAUAUACCUCCGUCACGAAAUGGUAUGCAAGAGGGUUCUGAAGCAUCAUCAACCACCGAGAAUAUACCUCCUUCACGAAAUGGUACGCAAGAGGGUUCUGAAGCAUCAUCAACCACCGAGAAUAUACCUCCGUCACAAAAUGGUACGCAAGAGGGUUCUGAAGCAUCAACAACCACCGAGAAUAUACCUCCGUCACAAAAUGGUACGCAAGAGGGUUCUGAAGCAUCAACAACCACCGAAAAUAUACCUCCGUCACGAAAUGGUAUGCAAGAGGGUUCUGAAGCAUCAACAACCACCGAAAAUAUACCUCCGUCACGAAAUGGUAUGCAAGAGGGUUCUGAAGCAUCAUCAACCACCGAGAAUAUACCUCCGUCACAAAAUGGUACGCAAGAGGGUUCUGAAGCAUCAACAACCACCGAAAAUAUACCUCCGUCACGAAAUGGUAUGCAAGAGGGUUCUGAAGCAUCAUCAACCACCGAGAAUAUACCUCCGUCACAAAAUGGUACGCAAGAGGGUUCUGAAGCAUCAACAACCACCGAGAAUAUACCUCCGUCACAAAAUGGUACGCAAGAGGGUUCUGAAGCAUCAACAACCACCGAAAAUAUACCUCCGUCACGAAAUGGUAUGCAAGAGGGUUCUGAAGCAUCAUCAACCACCGAGAAUAUACCUCCUUCACGAAAUGGUACGCAAGAGGGUUCUGAAGCAUCAACAACCACCGAAAAUAUACCUCCGUCACGAAAUGGUACGCAAGAGGGUUCUGAAGCAUCAUCAACCACCGAGAAUAUACCUCCGUCACAAAAUGGUACUAAGAAUGAACCUGCGCAACAAUCUGGUGACAGUUAAGCAAUAUUUAACAUUCGAUCAUGAAAUUGAAUAUCGUUCUUAGUGUUAGAUGGUGUAAUAAACUUACUUGUAUUUUUUAUCGUUAUCAAGUGUCAACAAUUUUUAAAUUCUGCUAAAAGCAAUUUCAACAAACAUCCUUGUAUGUUUUCCAAGUAUUAUUUUGUUAUUUACUUUUGUUGUAUAAAUAUCAAUAAUUAAUCUUUAA